CGCGUACGAGCAAACACUACUGCGCCGAGGCGCGACAAUGCCAAGUGCGUCGGUCGGCUUAUCAGAUAAGGCUACGGCGACGCCGCAGCUGAUCGAGGGAGAUCGCGCCAGCGGAGAGCCUAAUCGUCGCUGAGAUGCCGGCGCGCUGAGAUACGCGUGAGCUACGGACGAGACGAUGACCCAAGCGAAGAGCGCCAAUCCGAGUCCUCGAUCCACGGCCAACUGCCUCAGCCGGUUGACGUUCUGGUGGCUGCUCGGUCUCUUCCGGCUUGGCAAGAGGAACGAUUUGCGAGCCGGCGACCUCUACGAGCUCUCGCCGGGGAACGUCAGCGAGGCGCUGGGCGAUCAGCUGGAGAGGUCGUGGGAGAGGGAGCUGUCGCUGUCGAAGGAAAGGGAGCGCAGGCCGAGCUUGUGGAGGGCGAUCCGCAGGACCUUCGGCUGGUCGUUCGUCAAGCACGGAGUCGGCGUCCUCGUUCUGAACAUCGUCAAGAUACUGCAGCCUUUGGUCCUGGCCAAGCUGAUAUGGCACUUCAAUCCGACCUCCAACUCGAGCACGGCAGACGCCUACUUGUACGCCUCGGCCCUCGUCCUCGUCACCGUCCUGCAAACGGUCAUCGUCAGGCAUGCUCACCUGGGCCAGUCGAUCAUUGGGAUGCGAGUGCGAAUCGCCUGCUCGUCUCUUAUCUACCGCAAGGUGCUGCGGCUGUCCUGCGCGUGCGCCGGCCCCGAGGCCAACGGCCUCGUCAUCAAUCUGCUCUCCAACGACCUGGCCAAGUUCGAAAAGUUCUUCUUGCACCUGCACUACACGUGGAUCAUGCCGAUAGUGCUGGCCGUGAUAACGUUCCUGAUCUACCGUCAGCUCGGCGUGGCCGCCUUCGCCGGGAUUCUGUUCAUGAGCGCGCAGAUCAUUCCGACGCAAGUGUGCUGGUACAGGAUGACGUCGACGCUGCGCGCGAAGAGCGCCGCGAGAACGGACAAGCGGGUGCUGCUGAUAGGCGAGAUCGUCGGCGGGAUCCGCUCGAUCAAGAUGUACGCCUGGGAGAGGUCGUUCGAGCGGCUGGUCCGCCUGGCCAGGAGGCGCGAGAUCGACGCUAUCGUCAAGCAGUUCUACGUGAAGAGCGUCAGCCUGGCCUUCGCCGUGUUCACCCACCGAGCAGCCCUGUUCUGCACAAUUUUCGUCUACGUGCAGCUGGACCACGCUAUGACGGCCGACAAGAUCUUCUCGACCGUCAACUACUUCAUGCUGGUGCGUAUGGUGAUGGCUCGGUUUUUCCCGGAGGCCGUGUUCCUCGGCGCCGAGGUCAACGUGUCCAUCAAGAGGAUCGAGGAGUUCCUGCUCCGCGACGAAAUCGACGCGAGACAAGCGCUGCCGACGAAGCUGAUCGGCGACAGCGCGGUGUCCGUCAAGGAGGUGAACGCAUCCUGGGGCGGCGGCAGCACGUCCAGCGUGAAGCACGUUGGCAACGUCAAUUUGCGCAUAGCCCCCAGAAAGCUGUACGCGGUGGUGGGACCCGUCGGCUCGGGAAAGAGCUCCCUCUUGAAGCUGAUCCUCGGCGAGCUGCAGCCUACUACCGGUCGAGUUGUGGUUUCCGGCGAGGUGUCGUACGCCAGUCAGGAGCCCUGGCUGUUCGCGGGCUCCGUCAAGGACAAUAUACUGUUUGGCGAGGCGUACGACGAGGAGAGGUACGACAGAGUCGCAACCGUUUGCGCGCUCCUCGAGGACUUGGAUCAACUCCCGUUCGGCGACAAAACUCUGGUUGGCGAGAGAGGCAUGUCCCUGAGCGGUGGCCAGUGUGCCAGAGUUCAUUUGGCUAGGGCUGUUUACAGGGAUACCGAUAUCUAUUUGCUCGACGAUCCGCUGUCGGCCGUGGACACGCGAGUCUCGAAAAAUCUGUUCGACAACUGCAUCAACGGAUUGCUGAAAAAUAAAACGCGUAUUUUGGUGACUCACCAGAUGCAGUAUCUACGGCAAGCCGACGGGAUAAUUGUGCUGAACAACGGCGCAAUAGAAUUUCAAGGUACGUACCAAACGCUUGUCUCCAACAAGCAGUACCUCGAGCAUUUGCCACUGAACGACCAAGUCGAGAAAUCGUCCGUCGAAGAUAAGAAUGGCCGAGACGCGGUGAAUUUGAUCCCCGUGGUCAAGAGGAAAGAGAUCACCGACAAAGAGCCCAAAGAAACCGAGGAACUUUUAGCAAAGGGACGAAUUUCCAAGUAUUUGUACUUGAAGUAUUUCAAAGCCGGUGGCUCUUAUUUCACCUUCGCAGUCAUGAUGCUCCUUUUCGUACUUACUCAAGUGUCGAUCAGUGGUUUCGAUUAUUGGCUGUCGUUCUGGACGAACCAGGAAGAGAGGCGUCUCAAAGGCUUGAACUCGCUUAACAAUACCGACGAUAAUCGAUCCGCGACUAAAGUCGAUGAAUAUCUGGACAACGAGACCGCCUUAUACGUGUGCGGUGGGCUGGUUAUAGCGAUCGUCAUAUUUUCGAAUAUCAGAAAUCUCCUGUUCUACAGGAGAGCUUUAAAGUCCAGCAGGAAUAUUCAUAAUAGAAUGUUUUCGCAAUUGGUGAGGACGCCAAUGCAAUUCUUCAACUUGAAUCCUUCUGGAAGGAUCGUGAACCGAUUUUCAAAGGAUACCGGAGAAGUAGAUACCGCUUUACCCAAUUCCAUGAUGGAAGUGAUCGAAAGAAUUCUGUUUACUCUGGGUGUAAUAACUCAAAUACUGAUAAUAAAUUGGUGGACAAUCGGUCCCAUAGUGAUCGUCGGUUUACUUUUCGUCAAGAUCAAUGAUUUUUACUUGUCGACUGCUCAAGUCAUCAAGAGACUGGAGAGCAACGCCAAAAGCCCUGUCUUUUCUCUCGUCACCUCGACUCUCUUGGGCUUACCUACAAUCCGAUCCUGCCAAGCGCAAACGAUCGUUCGACGCGAUUUCGACAAACGUCAGGAUGCUCACACGGCAGCUCACUAUUUGUACUUAGUAACUUCGGCUGCCUACGGUUUCUGGUUGGAUUUCUUAUCGAUCGCUCUCCUCGUUUUUCUCGCGUACAGCUUCAUUUUGCUCAAUGACAGAGACACCUUCGCCGGCGACGUAGGACUCGCGCUCACUCAGGUUCUAACCAUCUGCGGUAUGCUGCAGUUCGUCAUGAAGCAAAUCGCCGAACUCAUGGGCCAAAUGACUAGCGUAGAGAGGAUGUUCCAGUUCACCGAAUUGGAGCGGGAAGGAUUAUCGGACGGCCAGCCUGUGACUGGCCUCGAUAAAGAUUGGCCCUGUCUGGGUGAAAUCAAGUUCGAGAAGGUAUAUCUGAGAUACUCCGAGGACGAGCAACCGAUACUGAAGAAUCUCAACUUUACCAUAACUCCGAAUAUGAAGGUCGGCAUUGUCGGGCGCACAGGCGCUGGAAAAUCAUCGCUGGUGCUGGCCCUUUUCCGCCUAGCCAAUUACGACGGCUCACUGCUGAUCGACAACGUAGACACGAGGCGCAUCGAUCUUCUCGAGCUGCGCACGAAAAUCUCGAUAAUACCUCAAGAGCCGACGCUGUUCACGGCCUCGCUGCGCGACAACUUGGAUCCUCUUCACCAGCACGACGACGUCUCGCUGUGGUCCGCUCUGGAAGAGGUAGAGAUGAACAAGGCCUUCGAGAGCUUGGAGGAGCCGGUGGACGGCAACCUCAGCGCAGGCCAGCGACAGCUGCUGUGCCUGGCUCGUGCGAUCCUCAAGAGAAACAAAAUUUUGGUGCUCGACGAGGCGACGGCCAACGUCGAUCCUGCCACGGACGAGCUUAUUCAGAGGACGAUCAGGGCGAAAUUCGGCGACUGCACCGUGCUCACCAUAGCGCACAGGCUGACAACAAUCAUGGACAGCGACAGGAUCCUGGUCAUGGACGCCGGCGAAGUGGUCGAGUUCGACCGUCCCGAAAUUCUAUUGGCAAAGAACAAUGGCUACUUUGCGAACAUGGUGCGAGAAACCGGCAGUGCGUAGCUUCCUAGUUUCAAUCAUUGACCAUUCGUCAUUUUUACCGAUUGACAAAGAUAAUAUAUCCGAUACUCGUGCGCUUAGAUGGCUAUCGAGUGAAAAUAGACUCGAUAGCUGUCUGUAUGAGUGAGCGUGUAAAUAUGAUAAUAAGAUAUUUGUAUACAUAUGUAAAUAAUUUUUCGUUUGUGCAAUAAAAAUCAUACUUGUCUGACAGCUAUUUCGAUAAAGCUUUAUUAGUACGGAUUCUCGGAUCGUCGCAGUAGCACCCUAAACACAAUUCUUUUUCAAAUCAUCUUAUUCGUAUUGUUAAUCUCCCAGUCUAACUGCUGUUUAGUCACCUCAUUUCUAAUGUCGACUUGUUUAUUUGUAACGAAACAGCAAGAUUAUCGAUAGUCAAAAAUGGCAUUUACAGUUCGACAACGCUUUCACGCUUCUUUUUUCUAAAAAAGGCAAGUUGAAAAAAACUUAAUCGUAAUUGCGUGAAAUUGCAGCGCAUAUGGGAUCAGAUCAAGGAACCAUUGUACAGAUUAUCGUUAAACAUUCAAAGUUUUUCAAUGCUAAUGUGAAACUUAAAUACAAAGCAAACGUACGUAUCCAUCAGUUAAUUAGCCUUAGCAGAUUGACUUAUUACGCGCACAUAUCGAAUUUUUUACUCGCCAAUACUACGUUCGAUAAAAUUCUGCGAUACAGAGAAAAUCAUUGAUUGCACAUGUAUGCAAAUGUAUGUAUGCACAUAUUCCAUUUUAAUAAAAAUAACAAUCUAUA